AUGCCAUACUUCACGCCUGUUCACGUCUCCAGGCUCUCCAGAUGCCCCGGGCAGGGUGCGAGGACCGGGCAGAGCGGCUCCGCGGCGUGCGCACACUCGCGCUCACACUCGCCCGCGCUCCCAGCCCGAGCCGCGGUGGGCGUGUGUGUGCACGCGGGCCCGGGGAGGCGGGACCUGCUCUGCUCGCCCCCUGCCGCGCUCGGCGAUCAGCGUGUGGAGCUAUGUAGACGCCACACCCUUUCGUGGAGAAAGGGCGGGUGGCAGGGACUGCGGGCCUGGAGGUGGGGAAGGCGAGGAGAGGGCUCCGGAGGUCUGGGCAGAAACGGCCUUGGGGCCGCGGGGCGCGUGGGGCUGGGGCCGAGGAAGGUUCUCCCAGGAACUGGGUCGCGGCCCUGCGCGGGGCUUCUGCAAACCGUCGGGCUGCGCGGCCGCCCCCACCCCGGGGACCUCGCGGCGGGGGCGCAGAGCACGUCGCGGGGCCGGCCGGGGGCACACGCGGCCUCCGCGUGUUCUGGACGAGAUGGCCGGGUCAGGCCGGGCCGAGGCCGGGGGCAGACCACGUUCGCAGUUCGACCCUCCCCUCUGCAACCAAGCGCACUGACUCCCAGAGUCGGCCGGACUAGGCUGAUCUGUUCAGACCUUGAGGGCCUGCAGGCUGGCGCGACGUGGACGCACCGCGGAGAUCUGGUGACACUCAGCUUCAAUAUCCUGCGUGGACUGCCCUUUGGAAGGGGAGGCGGAAGUACCUCCAGCUCCAGCGGAGCCCUGUUCCCCUCCCCUUAUUGCUCCCUCCCCGAAUUCUCGUGCCUGUCACCCCAACCAUCGCUGCCAUCCCCUCCUGGACAGGAACCCCCCUGGGUGGCCGGGACUGUGCCAUUUUUGUUCCUGUGUUUCAGUGCAGGCCAACAAGACGGCGUGGACGUUGACUGAAUGAACAAGUAAAAUCAUAAAUUGCUUGCUUCCAGCUCCAUUUCGUUCAGGAAUUAAAUUCAAGCUCUCUGUUUUGGGAAGAAUAGAAGAGGCCACAAAUAGGCCAUGGAAGAGGCUCCACAGAGGCUCCACGGGAAGCCUUUCAGUGUAUACUGUCGUUAUUAUAUUAUGUCACUUUUUUC